AUGGGUGCCCCUGUCGAUGUUCGCGAGAUCAAUGGAUCCGACCUGAUCUCUGCCCUCCACCUGGCCCAACAAGCCCCGGCCAUCCUCGGCCCCAAUCCUACGAAAGCGACGACAUCAACUACAGGUACGGCGGAGGAAUACAGUCAACUUGAACAGCUUUUCCUUGCCUGUCUACGAACAGGUGAUGAUCAGUCCGCGCAAGCAUGCCUUGAUCGACUCACCCACCGCUUCGGCCCUGCCAACGAGAGAGUAAUGGGGCUCUGCGGGUUGUACCAGGAGGCAACCGCCAAGGAUCGUGCAGCUCUAGAAAAGUGUCUUGAGGAAUACGAGAAGAUUUUGUCCGAAAGUCCAGUCAAUGCGCCCAUCAUGAAGCGGCGAGUAGCCCUGCUACGCUCCCUCGACCGUCCCACCGAUGCGAUCGCCGCCCUGAUCCAACUACUAGAUGCCCUGCCCACCGAUGCGGAAGCCUGGUGUGAACUGGCCGAUCUAUACCAAUCCCAAGGACUGGGUUCUCAAGCAAUCUUCAGCUUGGAGGAAGCGUUGCUGAUUGCUCCCAACGCCUGGAACAUUCACGCCCGGCUCGGUGAGCUCUUGUACGUCAGCUCUUCGGCUCCCGAUAGCGACGCAUCGCGACUUGGAAGUAAAUCGGUGCAGCAUUUCUGCCGUAGUAUCGAACUUUGUGACGACUACUUACGAGGAUUUUAUGGGUUGAUCCUGGCAACCUCCCGAAUGCUCGAGAACGGGCACGCAGACGAACGCCCAUCGGACCCAACCGUCGCCCCCAAGAAAACGCUAGACCAGUUGAAAGGCUUUGGUCUCCAGCGGCUUAGAGAGAUCGUCGAGUCUCGAUCGGUCGAUGAUCAGCAUUGGGCAUCGAGUCGCAGUGAGCUGAUUGCGGCCAAAGAAUUGCUGAAUCGGUUUGCGUCUUCAUAG